CAGACAGACAGAUAUAGACAGACAGAGAGAGAGAAAGAGAGAGAGAUAAAGAGAGAGACAGAGAGAGAAACAGAGAGAGACAUAUAGAGACAUAGAGAGAGAGAGAGAGAGAGAGAGAGAGAGAGGAAGUUAUCCAGAAUUGGGGUCAGUCCGUGGUCUGACCGCCUGCAGAAGGAGAAGGAUCAGACGUGUGACAGUUCCACCGUGUGACUCUGGCUCCAGGUACUCUGAGGGACAGACGUGUGGCUCCUGAGGACGGACGGACUCACAGCAGAAGCCCUCUCUCUCUCCCAUGUCUCUGAACGUGUCCUCCCCCCCCCUGGUGGUGAGGGGCGGUAUGGACGUGGACUCGGUCCUGGACUGGGUGACCGUGGUCUUCUACCUGCUGACCGUGGGUCUGGGCCUGACUGGGAACGCCCUGGUCAUCUGGGUGGCCGGCUUCAAGCUCAAGCCGAACGUGACCAACGUGUGGCUGGUGAACCUGGCGGCGGCUGACCUGGUCUUCUGUCUGUCCCGGGUUCUGUCGCUGCUCAAGAAGCUCUACUUCGCCGGCUGGCCCUUCGGCGUCUUCCUCUGCAAGUUCAACGGCUUCUUCAAGUACGCCAACAUGUUCUGCUCCGUCUUCCUGCUGGCCGCCAUCAGCCUGGACCGCGUCCUGUGCGUGUGGCGCCCCGUCUUCACGCGCCGGCACCGCACAUUGCGCGCUGCCCGGGUCGUUGCAGCGCUGGUGUGGGCGGCGGCCGUGGCCUUCAGCGCCCCCUACUUCGCGUACCGCCAGGUGUACCUGGACAAGCGCAACGAGACCAAGUGCUCGCUGGAGGUGAAGGAGGCGUCCGCCGGCGACAACACGGCCAAGCUGGUGCUGUACUCCAUCCGCUUCCUGUGUGGCUUCCUAUUGCCUUUUAUGGUCAUCCUGGCGUGCUACGUCCUGACCGGCGUAGGCAUCCGACGCACGCGCCUUCCGGGGAAGUCCCGCACGCUGCGGAUCCUGGCCUCGCUGGUGGUGGCCUUCUUCCUCUGCUGGGCGCCCUACCACUGCCUCCUGCUGGCCAAGAUGGUGAAUGGCAAGUCGGUGGCGCUGGACAUUAGCCUGACGCUGGCCAAGGGCCUGGCCUACCUCAACAGCUGCGUCAACCCGCUGCUGUACUUCUGCAUGGGCCUGGAGGUGCGGGGCUGCGUGCGGCAGGGCCUGGCGGCGGCGUGCGCACGGGGACUGGCGGGCGACAAUGGCGACGGGCCUAGCAGCCGGUCCUUGGAGCGCACCGUGGACGACAGCGGCGGCUCCGGCACCGUGAGGCUGAACGCCGCCGCCGCCGCCGCCCAGAGCAAGCGCCUCCCCCAGGGGGCGGGACCAGAGUCUGACAGGGGGCAGGGGCGGGGUCUGACAGGGGGCGGGGUCUGACAGCUCGUGUCCAGAGCUUAACUUCGGAAACCCAGUGACAAAAAAUGUCCGGAACACAUCUUUAAGCAAGAACAGUGCCAAUGUGCCAACGCGCAGUAUUCUGUAGCUAUAGCAACAGGUUCAUAUCGCUGUGUACUGCUUCCUUAAUAAUUCUUUAUCCACUCCGUGUACUUAUUGUGUUUGCAGUGGCUGUGUUGCCAUGGUAAUGUCAGGUGUCUGGGGGUAUUGUUGGUAGCGCUAUGUUUCCAUGGUGAUGUCAGGUAUCUGGGGGUAUUGUUGGUAGGGCUGUGUUUCCAUGGUAAUGUCAGGUAUCUGGGGGUAUUGUUGGUAGGGCUAUGUUUCCAUAGUAAUGUCAGGUAUCUGGGGGUAUUGUUGGUAGGGCUGUGUUUCCAUAGUAAUGUCAGGUAUCUGGGGGUAUUGUUGGUAGGGCUGUGUUUCCAUGGUAAUGUCAGGUAUCUGGGGGUAUUGUUGGUAGGGCUGUGUUUCCAUGGUAAUGUCAGGUAUCUGGGGGUAUUGUUGGUAGGGCUGUGUUUCCAUGGUAAUGUCAGGUAUCUGGGGGUAUUGUUGGUAGGGCUGUGUUUCCAUGGUAAUGUCAGGUAUCUGGGGAUAUUGUUGGUAGGGCUGUGUUUCCAUGGUGAUGUCAGGUAUCUGGGGGUAUUGUUGGUAGGGCUGUGUUUCCAUGGUAAUGUCAGGUAUCUGGGGGUAUUGUUGGUAGGGCUGUGUUUCCAUGGUAAUGUCAGGUAUCUAGGGGCAUGAUGCCAUCCUGCUGCUGUUUCCCUCGAUCAAAGCCCUCCUUUUGGUCUUUGUCAAAAUAGUAGAACAACAACAAGUGUUGAGUUUCCGGAGUGUUCCUCGGGUUUCGGUAUCACUGAGGGUUUGGUGAGGAGUAUGAGGCGGGGUGGUGGAUGUGCUCCUGGGGCCUCAGACCACACGCUGGCUGAGGCUCUGGUCCAGGGGGAACCAUGCAUGGGAAGUGACUGAGAACAGGAAGUGAAGCCUCUCUCUCUGUCUGGACCCCCCAGGGUUAAACCCCCACACAUGACCUCUCUCAUUACAGCGCUCCAACUGCCCCUCCAAGGGUGGGUAAGAUGCAGCAGGCCUAUAAGAUUGUGUAACCUCUGCUAACAUCAGUGUUACCACAGUCCCGCUCCAGUGACUGAUUAGAAUCAAUUUAGUGAACUUUGUUGACGCAUUAAAAUCCAAACUUAAACCCAUUUCUUGACUCUCAUUUGCUGGCCUCAAGUGAAUACAGCGACCUG